UGCGGGUGGCAGCAAGAGAUGAGGGCGCCAUGUUUUGGAAGUUUGACCUGCACACAAGCUCGCACCUGGAUGCGCUGCUGGAGCGGGAAGAUCUGAGCCUGCCCGAGCUGCUGGAUGAGGAGGACGUGUUGCAGGAGUGCAAGGUCGUCAACCGCAAGCUGCUGGACUUCCUGCUGCAGCCACUGCACCUGCAGGCCAUGGUGUCCUGGGUCACCCAGGAGCCGCCAGCCAGCGGCGAGGAGCGGCUGCGCUACAAGUACUCUAGCGUGGCCUGCGAGAUCCUGACUUCAGAUGUGCCCCAGAUCAACGAUGCCCUGGGUGCUGAUGAGUCCCUGCUGAACCGGCUCUAUGGCUUCCUGCAGAGCGACAGCUGCCUCAACCCAUUGCUGGCCAGCUUCUUCAGCAAGGUCAUGGGCAUACUCAUCAACCGCAAGACGGACCAGCUCGUGUCCUUCCUGCGCAAGAAGGACGACUUCGUGGACCUGCUGCUGCAGCACAUUGGCACCUCGGCCAUCAUGGACCUGCUGCUGCGCCUCCUCACGUGCGUGGAGCGGCCCCAACUGAGGCAGGACGUGGUCAAUUGGCUCAACGAGGAGAAGAUCGUCCAGCGGCUCAUCGAGCAGAUCCACCCGUCGAAAGAUGACAAUCAACAUUCCAACGCAUCCCAGUCCCUGUGUGACAUCAUCCGCCUGAGCCGGGACCAGAUGAUCCAAGUCCAGGACAGUCCAGAGCCCGACCAGCUGCUGGCCACCCUGGAGAAGCAGGAGACAAUCGAGCAGCUCUUGAGUAACAUGCUGGAAGGGGAGCCGAGCCCAUCUGUUCUCGUCAGUGGGAUCCAGGUGCUGCUGACUCUGCUGGAGCCCAGGAGGCCACGGUCCGAGUCCAUGACAGUGAAUAACUUCUUCAGCAGUGUAGACGGGCAGCUGGAGCUGCUAGCCCAGGCAACCCUGGACAGCACCGUGUCCUGCAUGGGCACCCUGCACGCCCUGCGUCCUCGGCUCAGCCGCUUCCACCAGCUCCUACUUGAGCCGCCCCAGCUGGAGCCACUGUGUACAACAUGGGGUACCCUGGCCCCGCCACUGGGCAACACGCGGCUGCAUGUGGUCAAGCUGUUGGCCAGUGCCUUGAGCGCCAACGAUGCUGCCCUGACCCAGGAGCUUCUGGCGCUGGACGUGCCCAACACCAUGCUGGACCUCUUCUUCCACUAUGUCUUCAACAACUUCCUCCACACCCAAGUGGAGGUGUGUGUGAGUGCCAUGCUGAGCGCUGGGCCCCCUUCCGACAGCAGCCUCGAGAUGCCUGUCCAGAACCCUGUCGUGAAACACCUGCUGCAGCAGUGUCGCCUGGUGGAGCGCAUCCUAACAUCCUGGGGAGAGAAUGACCGUGUACAGUCUGCAGGGGGCCCUCGGAAAGGCUACAUGGGUCACCUGACUAGAGUGGCCAACGCCUUGGUGCAGAACACAGAGAAGGGGCCCAAUGCUGAGCAGCUGGGACAGCUGCUGAAGGAGCUUCCAGGCGAGCAGCAGGAGCAGUGGGAGGCCUUCGUGUCGGGACCCCUGGCCGAGACCAACAAGAAGAACAUGGUGGACCUGGUGAACACCCACCACCUGCACUCCUCCAGUGACGACGAGGACGACAGGCUCAAGGAGUUCAACUUCCCAGAGGAGGCCGUGCUACAGCAGGCCUUCAUGGACUUCCAGAUGCAGCGCAUGACCUCAGCCUUCAUCGACCACUUCGGCUUUAACGACGAGGAGUUUGGGGAGCAGGAAGAAAGCGUGAACGCGCCUUUCGACAAGACAGCCAACAUCACCUUCUCCCUCAAUGCCGAUGAUGAGAACCCCAAUGCCAACCUGCUCGAGAUAUGCUACAAGGACCGGAUCCAGCAGUUUGAUGAUGACGAGGAGGAGGAGCAGGAAGAGGGCCAGGGUUCUGGGGAGUCUGACGGGGAGGAUGGUGCCUGGCAGAGUGGCCAGCUGGCCAGGGGGGCCCACCUGGGCCAGCCCCCAGGCCUGCGGAGUGGAGGCAGCACAGACAGCGAGGAGGAGGAGGAAGAGGAGGAGGAGGACGAUGAUGAAGAGGACGACGAGGAGGAUGGCCGGGUGGUCCGUGGAGGGGCCGGGCCCUCCUCUUACCCCAGCCCCGGCCCUCAGCCUCCGGGCCCCAGCUGGACAGCCACCUUUGACCCAGUGCCUACAAAUGCCCUGACUGGCUCCCAAGACUCCAGGGACAAAGAGCCGUGCUCUGGUCCCUCUGUUUCACAGGGCCCCCUCUGCAUGCCCCAGGACCUCCCUGCCCCCAGCGGGGCCGGCCCUGCAGCUCCCAACGCCCUGCAGCUCAGGUCUCAGGACCCUGCACCCACCUCAGCACCUCAGGAAGCCACAGAUGGCGGCAAAGCAGCAGAGCCCUCGGCUCCCUGUCAGGCCUUGGUCAGCGUCGGGGACCUCCAGGCCACCUUCAGAGGGACAAGCUCUGCUCCCAAGUCCUUGGACAGUGCAACCAGAGACCCUACUACCUCUGUCCCAGCCCCUGGGGCCCACCAGCCCCCCCAUACCAUGGAGGGGGAGAAGAGCCCAGAGCCCUCGGGGCUCCCCCAAAACCAGAGUGCCCAGGCCCUCCAGCUGCCUCCAAUGCCCAACACCUCUGCCCCGGGAGGGCCAGUGUCCCCAGGCUCCCAGUAACUGCCUGGUCCCGGUGGUGGCAGCCAAAUCCUCGUCCUGCAUGUGGACCCUGCCCGGGCAGGGGCAGGACAGAUCCCACAAUGGCCCGUUGCCCCAUCACCCCAUCCCCACCCCUUAUCCCCCACCCCCCAUGUUCUCUCUCUGGACUUACAGGAGGCUGGUGCCAGGGAGACAGGUCCUCCCCCACCCCCCAUUUGCACUGAGAAAAGAAAUGAUGGAGUUUUGUCUCCUAGAAUAAAGAUAUAGAGUCGAGUAGAGAGAAAGAGAGAGAGACCUAUAUUAUAUAUUAUAUAUAUAUAUUGAGGGAGGAGAGAGUGGGUGGAAAGAGCCAGAAGGAAGCUAGGCCCCAAGGGCAGGCGGGCGGGGGUUGGACCUUUACCCUGUCCCAGUGGGGGCUGCAUUGCGGUUCCCGAGGCACAGUCCACCCUUUCCUCCCACCAUGCCCGCCCUCUCCCAUGCAAACACCCACAUCCACACUCGGCCUUUCAGCUCAGGUCCACCUGGAGGGGAGGGCCCAAGUGGGGGCCAUGCCUUUGCCCAGCCCCUCACCCUGGACCCUGCACUUUCCCCCAGGCUGGGAGCUAAAGGACCCUCUGGCCUGGUGGCUGUCUGGGGGCUGGGGUCCCAGUCCAAGGGGGCCUCCCUGGUGACAUUCCCACAAGGCCCUGACACACUCAUGAGACCCUUGCGCCUCCCAUGGACCCCAGGGUGGGGGCCUGACGGGUCUGGCUGGGGUCCCCCUCCUACGCUCCGUCUGGGGUCCAGCCCAGCUGCCAAGUGACCUUGUCCCAGCUCCCUCUCCCCAGGCUGGCGUGAGUGUUGUGUGUUUGUGCCUAGCUUCUAUUUCAUAUUGCAAAUAUAAAUAAAUAAAGGAAGACAGUUUAA